AUGAUCAACAUCUCAUCUGGAGUUCAGAGGCAUGUAGGUAGGUAUGACAUCGCUAAUUCACUGCUCGUCCAGCUUGUGCGGAUCCAUGCGGGCCUUGUAUUAUGCGCGUUAAUUUUGCGAAUGUCAGAACCGGAAAGGCAACUUCAUCCUACGCCAGAAGCUUUCUGAACGAGAUGACCAACAUGAAUGUAAGCAAGCAGUCAGAUUAUAAAAGACCGCAAGCAUCGCACACAUCAUAAGGGACCCUCCUCUCUCCAACAACAGACAGACAAUAUGGGCGCCAGCGCAACCGAAGUCCACAAUUUCAACCCCGACGACCAUCCACCUGCAUUUCCCGUCUACUCCCACAUCAGCACGGUGAACAUCUCGCCGACGGCCAAGCUGGUCUCCAUCGCCGGCCAGGCAGGCAAAGACAACACGCCCUUCGGCAACCAGGUGCGCGAUGCGCUCGCCAAAGUCGAUCUCUGUUUGUCUGCCGCCGGCGCGGACAAGAGCUGCAUCGUUUCGGUGCGGCAGUAUAUAGUCAAGAUGCUGUCGCGCGACCCUGACGAUUUGCCUACGAGGAACAGAGUGUAUAUGGAUUGGUGGAAGAGUACGGAGGGGACGAGGGCGCCGCCGCCUAGUACGUUGGUUGGAGUUGAUAGUCUGGGGCGGAAGGGGAUUGAGUAUGAGAUUGAUGUCACUUGUGUGGUUGGCAUUUAAACGAUCGUCGUAGCUGAUCCACUGCGCAAUGAGUCAUGGCGGACAGCAACUACAUCAAGCACGUCUACUUCCCGUCUACAAAUGUCUACAUUAAUUCACGUCUGACAAACCGUUACGAUGGAUCGAAGCGCAGACGUCAACAUGCUCAACCCAGCGGACCACCCGCUCCAGAUCCCGACCUUCUCUCAGAUCAGCACGGUGAAUAUCUCGCCAAGCGCCAAGCUGGUGUCCAUCGCAGGCCAGAUAGGCGCGUCCCUGUCUCCCAACGCCGCCGCCACUCCCUUCGUCGAGCAAGUGCGCAACGCCCUCGCCCGAGUGGACCUCUGCUUAUCCGCGGCCGGGGCGAGCAAGAGCAGC